AUGGAAAAUCAAGUGGCUAAAUCAACUGAAGAACGAACAUUUCAGUACCAGGAUACUCUUCCAUCUCUGCCUGUUCCUUCACUUGAAGAAUCAUUAAAGAAAUAUCUUGACUCAGUAAAGCCAUUUGCAAAUGAAGAAGAAUAUAGGAAAACUGAAGAGAUAGUUAAAAAAUUUCAAAAUGGGAUUGGAGAAAAAUUGCAUCAGAAAUUACUGGAAAGGGCAAAAGGAAAAAGAAAUUGGCUGGAAGAGUGGUGGCUGAAUGUUGCUUACCUGGAUGUUCGCAUACCAUCACAACUGAAUGUCAACUUUGCGGGUUCUGCGGCCCAUAAUGAGCACUACUGGCCUCCAAAGGAAGGCACUCAAUUAGAAAGAGGAAGUAUAACUCUUUGGCAUAACUUGAACUACUGGCAGCUAUUAAGAAAAGAAAAACUGCCUGUUCAUAAAGUUGGAAAUACUCCUCUAGAUAUGCAUCAGUUCCGAAUGCUGUUUUCUACCUGCAAGAUUCCAGGAAUUACUAGAGAUUCAAUUGUGAAUUAUUUUCGUACUGAGAGUGAAGGUCGUUCCCCAAGUCACAUUGCAGUGCUGUGUCGAGGCCGAAUUUUUGUCUUUGAUGUAAUGCAUGAAGGAUGUUUGAUGACCCCACCAGAGCUUCUCAGGCAGUUGACAUACAUUCACAAGAAAUGCCAUAGUGAACCUGAUGGACCUGGGAUAGCAGCAUUAACUAGCGAGGAGAGAACUCGAUGGGCUAAGGCACGAGAGUAUCUGAUUGGUCUUGUUCCAGAGAAUUUGACUAUGUUAGAAAAAAUUCAGAGCAGUGUACUGGUAUUUUCCAUGGAUGAUGGCAGUCCACAUGUAACACCAGAAGAUAAUUCCCAGCUAACUGCAAUGGUCCUUGCUGGAGAUCCAACAGUACUCUGGGGUGACAAAUCCUAUAAUUUGAUCUCCUUUUCUAAUGGAGUAUUUGGCUGUAAUGCUGAUCAUGCGCCUUAUGAUGGAAUGGUUAUGGUCAACAUCAAUCAUUAUGUUGAUCAGAAAAUUUUUGAGAAUGAAGGAAAAUGGAAGGGUUCAGAAAAAGUGAGAGAUAUACCACUUCCAGAGGAGCUUGUUUUCACUGUAGAUGAGAAAGUGUUAAAUGACAUCAAACAAGCUAAAGCCCAAUUUCUGAAGCAGGCAUCCGACCUGGAUAUUGUGUCUUACGCCUUUACAUCUUUUGGCAAAAAGCUAACCAAGAAGAAGAUGCUUCACCCUGAUACAUUUGUUCAGCUUGCACUUCAGCUGGCUUAUUACAGACUUCAUGGACGCCCUGGCUGCUGUUAUGAAACAGCUAUGACAAGAUAUUUUUACCAUGGUCGUACAGAAACUAUGAGAUCAUGUACAGUAGAAGCUGUCAGGUGGUGCCAGUCCAUGCAAGAUCCUUAUUCCCAGCUUCUUGAGCGGCACCAAAAGAUGUUACAAGCUUUUGCAAAGCAUAAUAAAAUGAUGCAAGACUGUUCAGCUGGAAAAGGAUUUGACCGUCAUCUUUUAGGUCUCUUACUCAUAGCAAAAGAGGAGGAGCUCCCUGUUCCAGAGCUUUAUACAGACCCACUUUUUUCCAAAAGUGGAGGAGGUGGAAACUUUGUUCUCUCAACAAGUCUACUUGGUUAUUCACAUGUCCAAGGAGUGGUGGUUCCCAUGGUAUACAAUGGCUAUGGAUUUUUCUACCACAUCAGAGAUGACAGGUUUGUUGUAUCCUGUACAGCCUGGAAAUCUUGUGGAGAGACUGAUGCAGGAAAGCUGGUUCACCUGGUUUUUCAAGCCUUCCAGGAUAUGAUGCAGCUGAUCAACCCAGCUCAGCUAUAG